UUGCCAAAAUGGACCGACACGGACCGAAAUAUCGAGUCGGGCCUAAGAUAUUCGUCCCUAAAAAGCUCAUACGGCCCGAAAAUAAACCGGCCCGCCUCGAUAAAAACAAGUCCAAAAAUAUGGCUCGGAAAAAUGCGGCCCACCUCGAAAACGGCAACCCUACUCGAACCUUGUCUUCAGCCCCUUCAAGUUAUACCUGAAUUUGUCUGUAUUUUUAUAACUCAAAAUCUCUCUCCUCCAAAUCCUUUCAA